GUAAGCAUGGCGGCCGCUAUUGCCAGGGGCUGCCGGGCUGCAAUGGCCCUGGGCUGGAGCUUUCGAUGCGCCUGGGCUCUGCGCCCUGCGCCGGCCUCUGUCGCCUGCCAGGCCCUCGCGGGGCCGAGCCGGCGGCAGAUCACUGGACCUUCUGAGCCCGGCGCGUUCCAGCCACCGCCGAAACCGAUUAUCGUGGACAAUCGCCGUCCCCAGCGCCGGGAAAGCAGGUUCUUGAGUCCUGAAUUCAUUCCUCCAAGGGGAAGAACAAAUCCUCUGAAAUUUCAAAUAGAAAGAAAAGAUAUGUUAGAAAGGAGAAAAAUACUCCACAUUCCAGAGUUCUAUGUUGGAAGCAUUCUUCGUGUUACUACUGCUGACCCAUAUGCCAAUGGAAAAACCAGCCAGUUUCUGGGAAUUUGCAUCCAGAGAUCAGGAACAGGACUUGGAGCUACUUUUAUCCUUAGGAAUACUAUUGAAGGACAAGGUGUUGAGAUUUGCUUUGAACUUUAUAAUCCUCGAAUCCAGGAGAUCCAAGUAGUCAAAUUACAGAAGCGGCUGGAUGAUAGCUUGCUAUACUUGCGAGAUGCCCUUCCUGAAUACAGCACUUUUGAUAUGAAUAUGAAGCCAAUAGCACAAGAACCUAGCCAAGAAGUUCCUGUGAAUCAGCUGAAAGUAAAAAUGAAGCCCAAGCCGUGGUCCAAACGCUGGGAACGUCCAAAAUUUAAUAUUAAGGGGAUCAGAUUUGACCUUUGUUUAACGGAAGAGCAAAUGAAAGAAGCCCAGAAGUGGAGUCAGCCAUGGCUUGAGUUUGAUAUGAUGAGGGAAUAUGACACUUCAAAAAUUGAAGCUGCAAUAUGGGAUGAAAUUGAAGCAUCAAAAAAUUCCUGAUCUGAGAAUGAGUUUGGUUACUUGCAGAGGAUAUACUGACUCUCAGAGGAUUUAUUUAGAAACCAGUUUAGUCUCAUAUAUAAGGACAUAGUCAUUAAAUCAACCAAACAUUCAUUAUUUUAUGAAUAUUAUUUUAAAAAUUAGCACACCAGUUUAUUACUUUAAAAAGAAAUAUGUACAUGCCAAGUGGUCUGAUGUCCAUUCUCUUAAUGGAGGUAAAGCUACAAUAGAGUCAAACUGUUACCAGAAUGGUCUUCAUUGAGCUUGGAAUCUGAGCAAGGAAGUGGAUAGGAUGAUUUUUUAAAUUUGUGAAAAAUUAUAAAUUCAAAAAGUGUAUGAUUUAAAGAGUAAUAAUAAACUGAGCAUUCAUAUACCCACCGUCAGGUUAAGAAGUAAAACAUUUGUAAUAUCGAAGGUCAAGAAAUAGAGCAUUUACUAGAAUCUAAGAAGACUCUUGUGUGUUGUAAUUGCAUCCCUCCCCUCUUCCAGAUGUAGGCACUAUCCUGACUUUGUGUUAAUCAUUCCUUUGCAUUUCUUUAUUUUAUUACAUACACAUAUACUCUUAAACAAUAUAUUUACUUUUGAAAAAUCUGUUGGCAGGUAUAAAAGGACAACAUUGUCAUUAUUACAUGAAAGCUUCAGGGAGAGCAUAACAAAGUCUUUGGGUCAUAGUCUGGCUUCAGCUUCCAUGAGAGUUUACAAAAGUCACUUUUGAGGAAGUUCAUGGCUAAGGUCAUGAGUGAGUCCUGCUAAAUAGAAGGCUCACCAGAGGGUAUCUGGAAGGGCCUAUAGUGUGGACUGCCUAAUUGAUGGUCUGACAAAAAUGUGGUCAGAGGGAGUAGACUUCUUUGUGUUUACUUGUUCUCAGUCCAUGAGGAAAUUCUAGCUCAAAGGAGUAGGUCAAGACAGUACUUCCAUAGGGUGAUGUGAGUGUCUUUGCUGAUCCUUGUAGCUGAGAUGGAAUGGAAAGCUGGCAUGUAAUCAUACAUGGUAAAGAGCAACCUACAGAUAAUUAGGACCAGUUUCACCUGGGCAUGCUGUCCCUCAAGUUUAAAAGAGUACAGUACUAGCACUGAUCUUGGGGAGGGUAACCAUUAACCUGUCUCUUGAAUCAUUCUGCUUAAAUCUAUGUUUUUGUGCCUAAGCUUUUGGGAUUUGUGUUUACUCUUCUCCUAUGCUGAUCUGUUUUCUGGAUUUUUUGUUUUCCAUUUUAUUGGCUUUAUUGUUUUCCAUUUUGGUGAAGCACACCCUUUGUUAACUUCUAGAGAAAGUAUCAAUAUAUAGGUAAAUUUUUUGACCUUGCAUAUCUAUCAUAGUUGAUAUUUUAUAAAAUUCUGGGUGGGAGAUAAUUUUCCCUCAGAAUUUUGAAGGUAUUGCUUCACUGUCUUAUUUCCAGUUGUGUUGAGAAAUCCAAAACCAUUUUGAUUCUGCUCUUUGAAUGUGACUUGAAAGCUUUGUAGAAUACCUUGGUUCUCAGGGUAGUGCAAUUUUGCAGCGAUGUGCCUUGGUGUGGGUCUAUUUUUAUUCAUUAUCUUAGGUGUUUGAUGAACCCUUUCCAUGUGGUAGCUCAUAUGUUUCAGUUCUGGGAAACUUUCAGUGUUCAUUGACUUCCUCUCCUCUGCUUCUCUUCUUCCUGGAACUGAUAUUUUGAUGUUGGAUUGGAUCUCUGUUUUCCUACCCUCUCUCCAUCUCUUCUUUAGCUCUUUGAUUCAGUCUUCCAACUCUUUGCUAUAUUUUUAGAUCUCAAGAUCCCUUUAUGAUUUCUGAAAGUUCCUUUUCUUAUAUAGUACUCGGUUCUUAUUUUAUAUUCUUGUCUAUGGAUUUGUUCUGUUACCAUUGAGGAUGUUCGUGAUAGUGUUUGUGUUUGUUUUUAAUAUUUAUUUAUCUUUAUUUUUUUUUGGCUGUGUUGGGUCUUAGUUAUAGCACACAGGAUCUUCAUUGAGACAUGUGGGUCUUUCGUUGGCAGUGUGUGAGCUUCUCUCUAGUUGUGGCACAGGGUCCAGGGCCUGUGGACUCCAUAGUUGUGGUGCAUGGGCUCUGUAGUUUGUGGCAGGCGGACUUUCUCGUUAAGGCACAUGAGCUCAGUAGUUGUGGAGCACGGGCUUAGUUGCCCCGCAGCAUGUGGGAUCUUAGUUCCCUGAGCAGGGAUUGAACCCACGUCCCCUGCAUUGGAAGGUGGAUUCUUUACCACUGGACCACCAGGGAAGUCCCUGUGUUCUUCCUUUUGAAAUUGUUUUUCUGUAGAAUCUGUUAACUCCAAAUUUCUUCUCAUGUAUUUAUUUCUUUUUCUAUGUUUUAGGCUUUUCUAGGACAUCUGGCAAUCCUUGGCUGUCUACUUAUGGUAGACAUAUAGUGGACUAUAAAGCUGAUUAGAAGCCUUGGACUUGUGGAAGGGGUUUGCUUUAGGGUUAUCUGGGUGGGCCUUUUUUGGUAGUCUCCUCCUCCACAUGAAUAUCUUGCUUUGGUCAGGUUCUACGGAGUAGAGGUUUCCAAUCUCCUUCCUGGAGGCUAAGGGUUUGUCUGCUAGUGUUCCAGUUGCCAUAUUGGAGAAAAACAGGAUUUCUGGCACUCUACAUUUUUAUGGCCAUCCUGUCCAUCCCCUCCCACACAUACACUUUUGGCUUAGUACCCAGUGCCUGCAGUCCAGAAAACUGCUUUAACUGCUCUAGAGAAUAAACCUCUGGACUUUAGCUGGUGUGGGGGAGGGCUAGACAAGCAGUGGUGGGGAGUUGGGAAAGGGAUAUCAGGAAUAUAACCUCCAAAUAGUUUUCAUCAGGUUCUCAUUUUAGCCACUGUCCAGUACCCCCUGAGGUACUGCAUCUGCCGACUGGCAAUUGUGAGAAGUGAACUGUGUUGAUUUUCAUCUUUCUCCACUGCUGGCUUGAUUUGCCUUUCUUGAGUCUGCCAGUCCAUCCAUAUGCUUUUUCAGCUUUCAAAAUUUUGUUCUGCUUGUUUCUUGUUCUGUUCUUUCUUGUGGUUUUAUAUCUCAUCUAUAUGUUUCUCAACAUUUUGUACUACUUGCAUCUUGUCCUGUUUUCUCCUUCCUGAGGGUUUGUCUUUUUCCCUGUGGUAUAUUCUAGUGGUUACUUGAAUAAUUCAUCUGACAAAUUAACCUAUUCAGCCACUUUCCCCAGUAAUAGAUUUCUUUUGAGAGAAAUAUUCAGAUAUUAAUGCUUGGGGUUCUUAACAUUCAGUGCUACCUUGAUCUUUCACUAAAAGUUACACAGCGAUCUAACUAUUUUCAAAAAGCAAUGAAUAUACCAUCAUAUACUUAUUUAGAUUACUUGCUGAGAUAGCCUCUCAAAGUAAAAUUUUAACAGCCUAUAUCCUAUAUUUUUCUUCUGUUUAACUUGUCAGAAGAGAACCUUUAAAGCUUGUUCAUUUUUACCUUGAUAAACACUCUGCAGUCUUCUUGGUAGAAGGGCAGAUGAAUGGUACAUUUCGAGAUCUAAAGCUGUGCAAAUGUAUGAUUGUCUCAUAAGUACAUGUGCUCAUAACAACAAAGCAAGUCAUGUUUUUACUCUUAAGAUUCUCUUUAAAAUUCUUGUGAAUUUUCCCUCAGAAAAAACAAAUCUUAAUACAUUAAAUGUUUUAUUGUGGUAAUAUAUAUGUAUACUUUACCAUAAUAAAAUUGUUAUUAAAAAUGUUUAAAUAAUAUAUAUAACAUAUAAUUUAUCAUUUUAACCAUUUUUAAAUGUACAGCUUCAGUGGCAUUAAUUACAUUCAUGUUGCGCAGCCAUCACCAUUAUCUUCAAAACUUUUUUAUCACUCCAGAGAGGAACUCUAACCAGUAUAUAAUAACUCCCUAUUCGUCUCUCCCCAUCAGCUCCUGGUAAGCUCGUAUCUACUCACUUUCUAUAUGAAUUUACCUAUUCUGCUUCUUAUAAGUGGAAUCAUACAAUAUUUGUUCUUUUGUGCCUGGCUUAUUUUGUUUAAUAUGUUUUCAGGAUUCAUCCAUGUUAUAGCAUGUAUCAGAAUUUCAUUCAUUUUUAUGACUAAAUAUUCUAUUGUAUAUGUAUGCCAUAUUUUUUAAUCCAUUCAUCUGUUGAUGAACACUUGGGCUAUUUCCACCUUUUGGUUAUGAUGAAUAUGCUGCAAUAAAUACUGAUAUACAAGUUUCUUUUUGAGUUGUUUUAAUAUUUUGAAAAUAUAUACUCCAGAUAUGUACAUACCUUGGAGUAGAAUUGCUGGAUCAUAUAUUUUGAAAUUUUCCUUAUACUUUCUUCUUUGACCUAUUGGUUUUUAAAGAGUGUGUUGUUUAAUUGCCAUAUUUAAUAUGCCAUAAGUGAAUUUUCCACUUUUCCUUUUGUUAUUGAUUUCUAGCUUCAUUCCAUUGUGGUCAGAGAAGAUACUUAGAGUGAUUUCAGUCUUUUAAAAUGUACUGAAAAUUGUUUUGUGGCCUAACAUAUGGUCUAUCCUGGAGAAUGUGCCUUGCGCCCUUGAGAAACGUAUAUUUUAUUGUUGUUGGGUGGAGUGUUUUAUAUAUGUCCAUUAGGUCUAGUUUGUUUAUAGUGUUAUUCAAGUCUUCUGUUUCCUCAUUGAUCUUGUCUAAAGGUUUUAUCCAUUUUUUGACAGUGAAAUAUUGAAGUUUCUAACAAUUCUUAUAGAUCUAUCCAGUUUUCUCUUUAAUUCUGUCAAUGUUUGCUUCAUAUAUUUUGGGGGCUUUGUUGGUACAUACAUUAUAUCUUCUUGAUGAAGUGACUUUUUUUAUCAAUAUGUAAUAUACAUUUUUGUUUCUUAAAACAAUUUUUGGCUUACAGGCUAUUUUAUCUAAUACUAGUCUAAUACCCACUCCAAUUCUCUUUUGGUUACUAUUUGCACAGAAUGUCUUUUUCUAUCCUUUCACUUUCAACAUAUCUGUGUCUUUGGAGCUAAAGUGAGUCUUUUAUAGACAGCAUAUAGCUGGAUCAUUUAUUUUUAUUUCUCUUUUAUCCAUUUUGCCAAUCUUUGCCUUCUGUUUGGAGAGUUUAAUCCAUUUACGUUUAAAGUAAUUAGUAUGGGACUUCCCUGGAAGUCCAGUGGUUAAUAAUUCACCUUCCAAUGCAGAGGGUGCGGGUUCAAUUCCUGGCUGGGGAGCUAGGAUCCAACAUGCCUUGUGGCCAAAAAACCAAAACAUAAAACAGAAGCAAUAUUGUAACCAAUUCAAUAAAGACUUAAAAACAAUUGUCCACAUCAAAAAAAAUCUUAAAAAAAAAUUAGUAUAAGAAAGAACUUCUGCCAUUUUAUUUGUUGUCUUUAUGUCUUAUACUUUUUUUGUUUCUCAUUUUCUCCAUUACCGUUUCCUUCUGUGUUGAUUUUUUGUGGUGAACGAUUAUGAUUCCCUUCUCAUUUCCUUUUAUGCAUAACUGUUAAAUGUUCUCUUUGUGGUUACUGUGGGGAUUAUAGUCAACAUUAUACAGUCUAAUUUGAAUUGAUACUAAUUUGAAUUCAAUAGCAUACAAAAUUGCUACUCCUAUAAAGUUUUGUUCUCCCUUUAUUGAUGUCACAAAUUAU